CGCGCCGAACGCUGGCGGCUGCCGGGUAACAUGGUUACAUGUCAGAGAGUAACACUUGAUCAUGGAACAUGGACUGAGGCAAAGGCGGCCGAAUCAGCUGCAGCAUCAGCAUCAGGCGCAGCCACCUGGAGAGUCUCCGGUGCAAUGAAGCCCGCCGAGAACAGAUUCUGCCUGCAAGAGGAGAGACCCAACGGUGAUCCGUUUGGCUGCCAUUAGCAAGCAACUUCAUGCCGGCCUGAUUCCUUUGGCAGAGGAGGGGAUGGAGCGAGCUGCCUUGCUGGGGCAUUGAAUUGUCUGCCUCUUCCCACCUUGCUCCAGACGGCACGUUCUUUUUCAAGCUCGCGAUGACGGGAUCCAACUCCAAUGCUUCCCACAGUUCCCACCCGAAAGGAGACAAAGGGGGCCGUUCGAGGAGUUCCCAUGCUCGGACGGUUGCUAUCGCCAACAACGGGGGCUCGGAAGAGGAGGACAAAGAUGGAGGGAUGGUUUUCCUUGUCAACAAAAGUGGCUUUCCUAUUGAUGGGCAAACCUGGGAGAGGAUGUGGGGGCACGUGGUGAAAGUACACCCUUCAGGCAGGGAGAUGGUAGAGACCAUAAGGAAUGCUGACUACCUUGCAAAACCUUCAGUGCCAUCUGUGCCAAAUUACAAGGCUUCCAUGAUGAUUCCAGAGUGGCUUCAGGCAAUACAGAAUUACAUGAAGAUGCUGCAAUACAAUCACACAGGGACCCAAUUUUUUGAAAUUAGGAAAUCAAGACCUCUAAGUGGGUUAAUGGAAUCAGCAAGAGAAAUGACCAGGGAGUCUUUACCUAUCAAAUGCCUUGAAGCAGUUAUCCUGGGAAUAUACUUAACCAACGGGCAGCCUUCGGUGGAACGAUUCCCAAUCAGUUUUAAAUCCCACUUCUCAGGGAACAAUUUUCAUCAUGUGGUGCUUGGAAUUUAUUUCAAUGGCCGAUAUGGAUCUCUGGGCAUGAGCAGAAGAUCGGAGCUGAUGGACAAACCUUUGAUCUAUCGAACUCUGAGUGACCUCAUCUUUGAGUUUGAAGAGUCCUAUAAAAAGUACUUACACUCUGUAAAAAAAGUGAAGAUUGGACUGUAUGUUCCCCAUGAACCUCACAGCUUUCAGCCCAUCGAAUGGAAGCAGUUGGUGCUCAAUGUGUCAAAGAUGAUGCGGACGGAGAUAAGGAAGGAGUUGGAGAAAUAUGCCAGGGAUAUGAGAAUGAAGAUUUUGAAGCCCGCAAGUGCCCAUUCUCCAGUCAAGCAGAGAUCCCGGGGAAAGUCCCUCUCACCUCGGCGAAGACAAGCCAGUCCUCAGAGGCGGGCCUGCCGGAGAGACAAAUCGCAGAAACUGAAUCCUAUUCGACUGACAGGAGUCUUCAGACCGGCUGUGCUGGAUAAGAAAGUGAGUGACCUCUCGACACUGAACGAAGUAGGCUACCAGCUGCGCAUCUGACAAAGCCAGAAGCCAAACAAGAUGGCUUCCAGGGUGCUUCUUACCGCACUUCACCCUGUGAUCUGUGGACAAAAGGGUGGCAAAGGGGGCUUUGACUAUUUAUUUCAAAAGUGAGGAUUUUAUUUAAGAGUUCAUCUAGAAACUAGAAAUUCUAGAAGUGACAGUGGUGGGUGUUUUUUUUUUAUUUAAUUUUUUUAUUUUUCAAUUCAUGAAGUGGAAUCAAGGAAAAGGGAAACAGAAAAACUGUUUUGUCAAUGAUAAUGUUGUGACUCUCCAUCAAGUUGAAAAGGGGAGAUGAUGUGGUGUGUGGCUUAGGUUUUUGUUUGGAUUGAAAUAAUUGUUUCCAUAGUGGCUAUUUUGCAUUGGCUUGGAGCGUUGUGUGAUGUCUGUAGGAUUUAGGGAACUGGCAACGAUGAAAGUGUAUUCCUCCAUGGUGUUCAAAAGUGCUGGGGUGCGGUCAGUUGCGCAAGUCAAAGAACAGCAUAGUUCAGCAGGAACUUCCCUUGCACAACUCCCAUUGAAAUGAACGGGAUUUGAGCAAACCCUUCCCAUUUCAGUGGAGCUCAACGUAAGAGGAGUUGCCGGCAGACCCUGUCUCUCCGGUCUGGUGUUUAACGUGACAUUCAGCAAUAAUAAUAAUAAUAAUAAACAACAGUCCAGAAGUUAUGCGAGUGGGGUUUUUUCCCCUUCAGAAUAUCAAUAUUACCUCAAGAAUCUUUACAACAGAUAUGCAAAACUGACAGUAUUUUGAUUUUGUAACGGAUUUGUACUGUGUUCCCAGCUUUUCUGGUAGCAGCGGAUUCACUGUAUCCUUCCUGACCCCACCUCUUCCGCCUUAUUCCCUAUAGGUGCAUGCGUGUGACAAAGGAAUAUAUCAUGAUAUGCAAGUGUCGUCUUAAAAGCACUGAAGUCUUAUUAUUCUGUUAGCUGCUCAUUGUCUGCCUCCCACAAGAAUAGCCAAUGUGGUACCUCCCAGAUGUUGUUUGGACUGCAGGUCCCAUCAUCCCUCACCAUUGACCACACUGGCUGGGGCUGGUGGGAGCUGUAGUCCAGCAUCUUCUGGAGGGCACCAUGUUGGUUAAACCUGGCCUAACGAAUGGCUGAUAAUGAUUUUUUUUAAAAAAAGUUUUUAAAGUAUUUUGUCACAGGCUACAGCAGGCUUAGCUAAUGUGGUGCCCUCCAGAUGUUCCUGGACUACAGUUCUCAUCAGCCCCAGCCAGCAUGGGCCAUGGUCAGGCAUGAUGGGAGUUGUAGUAGCCCAGCGUCAUCUGGAGGGUACCACAUUGGGUACCCUUGGGCUAUAAUCUUUAAGCACAAGUGGAACGAUUCAGCUGUUCUUGUGCGUAUCUGUGAGCUCUCAGGUUCACAUGGACCUCUGCACAUACAGGCACUGCCCCAUUGUCUUCUGUGCAUUGGUGAAUCCUUUGUGCAUGCAAUGAGAAUUCCCCAUUAUGCUUGGGGAGCAUUUCCCAGGGGAGAAAAGAAACCAGGACACACCACUUGUGCCAUGCAGUCCUGGGGAGUUUUGGAUCAUCCUGAAAAACCAUAGAUGGUCAUUUUGUAUGGACGAGCAUUGUAGUAUCAGUCAAACUGUGCAUGUGCGUGUGCUGAAAUCCUUAAAAACAAUGUCAUAAUCUAUGGGCUUCCCUUAAGAAUGUACUCUUCUCCCUGUGUUUGUAUUAUUCUUAUUAAUAAUUGUCUUCAAAAGGAUUGCCACUUCCAAGCUGAUGAUGUCUUGGCAUUUUAUAUUAAGAUCAGACGACCUGUAUGCAGUUAUGGCCAAAGUAUUUGGGGGAAAACAGCCAUCUGCAUGGACUGCAGUCAGAUGAAAAUGAACGAGGGAAUAAACCCCUGGCCAAGGAAAUGUGUUGUAGAAAGUAGCAAAACAUUUUGCAUUUUAGAGAAAGGAAAUGCAUUUUUCAAAAACAAAAACAAAACAAGACAGCUAGCUUGCUCGUUGGGAUUUGGGGAGGAGCCGGAUGCUGGGUGACUCUAGUCUGAUGCAGAAUAACCCACUUGAUUUUUAAACAUGAUUAAGGGAUCUGAGGUGCCAAUCCUGUACAUGCUUCCCUGGGAGUAAGCCCCAUUGAACUCAGUGGGUGGUAUUCAAUGCUGGUCCUACUCAAAGGAGACCCACUGAAGUUAAUAGAGAUGGCUAACUUAGGUUCAUUAAUUUCAGUAUGUCUCCUCUGAGUAAGACUUAGUGGAAUACAACCCAAUGGGUCUUGCUUUGGAGCAGAGUGCAUUAUCAUCAAACCCUAUGCAUGUUUACUUGGAAGUAAAUCCCAAAUUCAUGUGUGUAGCAUUGCAGCCUAAGAGCAGGCCAUACUCUGUCAUACUCCUUUCCCUUCUCUUCUUUCCUUCAGAUUUAAUUUCUGCCUUCCCUUCCCAGCAUAAGGCACUGUUUCGAGUUGCAUGUGGCCUCCUGAUGCAACCUAAGCCCUAUUCAGGUGUGAAAGGGCUGACAUGAUGAGGACAGAAUGGGGAUGUACUCUCUGGCCUCACCCCUCUGCAUGUCCCCAUCACCCUCCCUGCAUUGGAGGUCAAAGGUUUGCAGCAAGCCUGCGUAGCUUCCCUGCACAAUUUAGAGCCUUUACCCAACCAGGGCUCUAAAUUGUUUGGAAAGGCUACACAGCAGGUUCUUUGUUGAAGAAUCCUGACCUUCAGCAUGUGGGGAUGGGGAGGGAGGAGCAACUCCCCUCAUCAUGUAAGCCCUUUAAUGCCUGAAUACGAAUACCAGGGUUCUUUUCUGCUAACUAACUUCAAACCACAGUUGUGGUUCCUAGUUUACAAGUGAACCAUGGUUUGCGUAAGGGCAUUUGUAAUGUGGAACCAGGGGAAGCACUGUGAAAAAGGGAGAAGGAGCAAUUGAGGGGAAGAAGUGGAAGGAAGCAUGCAAGUCUGCAGCCUCCACCUGAUCUCUGUGCCAGAUCUAUGUAUUAUAGAAGGAUCUUGUGUUCAAGGCAACAGCCAGAUGUGUGGCAAUGUGCUCACCACAAUGUGCACCCUGCUCAGCAAGGGCCAGUGGGUGGAAGGGGCAGGCUCAGUUGACCUCCUGGGGAGGGGAAAGGAGGGGCUGGGACAUGCCCUUGCUUAGGCUUUGUGGUUAUGUUCCUGACAAGCCUAGCUUUCCCCAACCUGGUGCCCUUCAUAUGUUUUGGACUACAACUCCCAUCAGUCCCACCAGCAUGGUCAGUGGUCAGGGAUGAUGGGAAGUGUAGUCCAACAACAUCAGGAGAUCAUCAGUUGGUAAAGAUUGCCUUAGCCUUGUUGAGGCAUUCACAUGAAUGCAUGUAGGCUAAAACGUGGGGAGCGGGCGGCAGCCUCUAGCAUCCCUAUCUGUGCCAGCUCCCUUCAGGCCUUUGCUGUCAGCAUGGAAAGUUCUGAAAUGGGCCCGGUCCUUUGGGAGGCUGGGGCAUGGCUUGCAUGUGUGCCCUUGCCCCCUUCUAAUUUUUAAUUUUGAUCCUCUAAAAAAGGGCCGAUUUUUAAAUGGGUGAUAGGCACCACCGAGAGUGGUUAAUGUGAUGUUUUUCUUAUCGCACUGAUUUUUAGUCAUCGGGUGAUGCAAUCCACAUAACGUAGUUUACACAACAAAAUAAGGCAAACUACGGCUUGGUGAGACUGCGCAAAUGUGCGGGCUUCUGGAGAGGAGCUUGCAGGCCUUCUGUUCCUCACCCGUCCUUUUUACUACCACACCAUGCUGAGAACAAAUCUUGGUUCCAGCUUGUGGUUAGUGACAGAGCUUAACCAGGAGUUUUGGUUUGGAUGCUCUGUGCCAGAGAUGGAGAAACUGUGGCCCUCCAGAUUUUGUUGGACUCCAGUUCUCCUCAGCCUCAGUCGCCAUAGCCAAUGGUCAGGAACGAUGAGAGUUAGAGUCCGACAACAUCUGGAGGGCUACAGGUUCCUCACCCUUGCUGCAAACCAAACCUUGGCUUAGCUCAACACAUAAGUGAAAAGGCCUGGGGAGGAGCAAAACAGUGGUCUUGUGUGGUCUUGGUAAGCCACAGCUGGGCUUACUGUGUCGUGUGAACCAGAUCAAUUCUUGAGUUUGAAUUUCCUCUUUUUCUAAAGUACUAUGAGACAUGUCUCUAAUAAAUGUGAAGCGUUUGGGGCACAAUUCAUCAUGAAUGUCUCUUGCAUUCGUUCUUGAGAUUAAUAGGAGUUAUUCAGGAAAUCCUGGAUUUUGCCCCCUCCUUGCCCAAAUCUCUUACAUAGCCUAAUUAAACUUUUCUAAAGUGGGUGGGUCAUUUUGUAUCCGGGCAUUGUUUUCCUUUUAUACAGGUGAAUCCUAUUCUAUCAAAACACAUACCUGCAAUUUUAAGAAGUAAAUAACUGUGAUUUUCAUUAUUAGGCUUCAGUUGCCAUAAUUUUGUCAAAUGGUAUUCUGUUCUGGGUAAGAAAUGUG